CGCCCGGCCCCCGCCCCCCCCCCCCUCAGCACACCGCCCCCCCCCCCCCCCGGUUCCCCCCUUCCCCUCCGCUGCCGAGCCAUUGCAUUGCACCGCCGGGCUGGGGCCCGCCCAGGGGCCGACCGCACGGCAGCGGCCCCCGGGGUAGCGGGGGCGAGGCGCCCCGAGCGUGUGUGUGUGUGUGAGUGCGCUGCGCUGCGCCCGGGCGGUGCGGGGAUCCUUUGUCUGUCGCCGCUUUCCCCUCCUCCCUCCCUCCCUCCCUGCCCUUGCUCUCCCGGUGCCUCUCGCUCUCUCCUCCCUCCCUCCCUCCUCGCCCUGCUCGCUCCCUCCCUUCCUUCCCCUCGCUCCCAGGCUCCGAGCGCUGCUGCAGCUGCAGGUUUGUAAAUACUGGACCAACACACGCACACACACACACACACACACAACAUGGCUGACGCUCGCCCUGCUCCUCCACCAGGCUCUCCGCCUUCUCCCUCUGUCUCCGCCGCUUAGCCUCAUCUCCGAUUAGGCUUUUGUUUCUUCCCCCUCCCCCCUCAUCUCCCAUCCAAAAAAAGGAGGAAAAACAAUUCACCCUCCUUAUUGCGCGCAUGGCGGGAUUUCAAGGAGUGAUAUAACUGAAAGUGCGUCUUCUACUUUUGAAGAACAAAUUUGUGAUUGAAUAGUGGAUUAAUAAGUAGCUGUUUUAUUUCAUAAAAAGAAGAUACCCUGGGAUCUGGGAAGAACUGGAUUUUCACCCUAGUCCAGCAGCUUUGCUGCUCACUUAAACACAGAUGAAUGAAGACCCCAUUUGGAAAAUCACCAGGUCAACGGUCCAGAGCUGAUGCAGGUCAUGCAGGAGUCUCUGCCAGCAUGAUGAAGAAAAGAACUUCCCACAAAAAGCAUAGAAACAAUGUGGGACCAAGCAAACCUAUUUCUCAGCCACGAAGAAACAUUGUAGGCUGCAGAAUACAGCAUGGAUGGAAAGAAGGGAGUGGACCUGUAACACAAUGGAAGGGCACAGUUCUCGAUCAAGUUCCUGUAAAUCCCUCUCUUUAUCUUAUAAAGUAUGAUGGAUUUGAUUGUGUGUAUGGACUAGAACUGCACAAGGAUGAAAGAGUUUCAGCACUUGAAGUCCUUCCAGACAGAGUUGCUUCAUCUCGAAUUAGUGAUGCCCACCUGGCAGACACAAUGAUUGGCAAAGCUGUCGAACAUAUGUUUGAGACAGAGGAUGGCUCAAAAGAUGAAUGGAGGGGGAUGGUCUUGGCUCGAGCUCCUAUUAUGAACACGUGGUUUUAUAUUACCUAUGAGAAAGAUCCUGUCUUGUACAUGUACCAACUUUUAGAUGAUUAUAAAGAAGGUGACCUUCGUAUUAUGCCUGAUUCCAAUGAUUCACCUCCUGCAGAACGGGAACCAGGUGAAGUUGUGGACAGCCUGGUAGGCAAACAAGUGGAAUAUGCCAAAGAAGAUGGCUCAAAAAGGACUGGCAUGGUCAUUCAUCAAGUUGAAGCCAAACCAUCAGUCUAUUUCAUCAAGUUUGAUGAUGAUUUCCAUAUUUAUGUCUACGAUUUGGUGAAGACAUCCUAGACAUCAUUGUGAACUUAUGCCAAAUUUGUGGAACUAUUAAAUGUAAAAUUUGUAGACACAAAGACUUGACUGCUUUCCAGUUUAAAUGAAAGCUUAAAUGUCCCUGCGAACCCACAAUCUCUGCCAGCAAAACUGUUUUGUUCUGAAUAAUACAAAAAAAAAUAUGUGAACGUGACACAUUUUGUGUAAGAGAACUCCUUUUCUUGAAGGAAGUCAAUAUAUCUGGGCAGGAGGGAGUUAAAAGCAAAGAACAGCUGCAAAUUCAAGCUGUGUAAAGUUGAUCUAGUAUUGUAAUCAUUAAUCUAAAUUUUUCAUAGAUUUUAACUUUCUUCAACCUUGCACUCACCUGUUCAACUGCCACAUGCAAGUGUAGUUUGAUAUUUUGAUAUGCCUUCUUUUGUAACAUUAAAUUUAAUUUCUUGGCUUCUGGCAGUCCUUGUUUUCAGGGUUGGGACAGAGUUGACUUUUCUGAAGAGUUUGAACAGUUUGUGCAGCGUUAAGGAGUGCCUAACCCAAGUAACACCAAUCUGCUGUGUUUCUACACUUUAUUUCAAAUUCAGCUUUUUAAGAAUUGCAGUACGUGGAAAUACUUGUGCAUUUUCAGUAGUCACAGGGCAGUAGGAUAUCAAGUGUUUGACUUAUGCACCUUUCAGUGAAAAGUCUUUAAAGUAUAAAAGUAUAUUUAAUCUGUAUAACCAGUUAAUUAGACAAUGCAGGUUAAUGGCCCAUAUUUACAAGUUGUAGGAACCAGUAAAAUACAUGCAACAAGGCUGCCUUCAAUCCUAAAUGUUGUAUUUCUGUAUUUGUUUGUUAUAUACACUUCUUAGCAAAACCCAAGUGCUUGGUGCCACAAGUUUAGCAGUAUAUAUGCUACUUCAGAAGACUCCAGACUACUCAUUGGCAAUCAGUAGUCUCAUUUAAUAUCAAAACCUAGCAACCUGAAUGUUUGUGUGUGGACUUAGAUGCCUAACAGUAGCUAAUAUUUUACAUGGUAAAUACAAUCUCAAAGGGGGGAGGCGGGAGUAAUUUUUUUUUAGUUGAAGACAACUUUAGAGAAGGAGAGGCAUUUGUUGCCUUCUGCUCAAUCUGUUGCAUUCCUUUUUUGGUUGUCAUUUGUUUGAUUUCUUUUUUUGUUUGUUUCUAACCAUUUUAUUUUAAGAAGGCAUCUUCCCAACUUAUUCUUUUUCUGGCUUUCCCACAUAAGGAGUGUCCGGACAAAUCUACAGCUUAAACCUGUUGCCUUUUGUGGUGUACAUUGUACUUGCUUUGAGGUAUGCUGUUAACGUGAAUUUCAUUCUAUGAACACUAGAGUUCUGCAUGCCAGUGGUGUACUAUCUAAUGGAAGCUAUAGGCAGUCUCAGUGGUUCAGUCAUCUGCAUUAGAUUGUGGAUGUAAAUAGCAGCCCACAACAGCAAAAUCCUUUCACGGUUUUAAUCUUGCAAGAUAGUUGUAAAUGAAGAUUAAGGUUGGUUUUUGUGUGUGUGUUUUUGUUUGUUUGUUUGUUUUGUUUCUUUUGUUUAAGUGUGGCAGCUUUUGAAAGUAUCAGAAUGGUAACAACGAUCAGCACAGCAACAAAAUUGUCAUGUUACAUUAAGGCAGAGCUCUGCAAGUUUCAAAGAACUGCUUCACAGAAAUGCAGUUUGUGAAGAUCAGCACUGCUGAUGGAAGGAACGAAUACACUGAUAUCCACCCUUAUGCCAUUAGUGGAAGGAUGCAGGAGAGGUGCUGUUAAUCAGAGAACAUAGGUCUGUAUGACCUCAACUGUGGGUAUUCUUGAUACCGAAGACUCAGUGGUUUAAGCCCCUUUCUGUCCAUUUUUUUGCCUGAUUUCAUAUUUUAGCCUUAAGGCUUGUGCCUCAUUAUGCUGUUGAAUGGUAAUAAAUACUCACCAUAUAAAUAUGAUACCUUAAUUCUUUGUCCAUUGCUACGAUAUUGCAUUAUGUCCAGUAUUUCAUCAUGGGCAACCAAAGGCAGGCUAUUGUAUUUCAGUGAAUAGCUUCUCAAUGCAGUCCUUAAUUCUAAGUACCCAAGUCGUAAAUGUUCCUUGUGUUUUGAACAAAGUGAGCAGAUUUGCAAUACAGUGUUUUCAUCCUGCAGAUCUGUUAUGUGUUUUCUAUUGACUCUUAAGAGUCCUGCAUGUAAAUCUCAAAGCUGAGCCUGGCUCCAUGAGCCCAAGUUGAUAUUUGUGGCACAAGAAUGAGUGAGCGUAUUGAUUAUACACAAGACACACAAAUAACCUAGUACACUGAAUUUGGGGCUAUACAUCUGAGGAAUAUGAGGUUUGGUUUGAAAUGUCUGACGUUUAGGUCUACUGGAACAUUUUUAGCAUUAGGCUUGCAUUUGUGGGUUUUCUGCAAGCCGCUUUAAUACACCACAUAUUAUGCCAAUUAGAGUAUAAUCUAUAAACUGUAAAUUUUAUGGUUGUUUUUAGAUGUCCCCAUUGUCUGUUGUGUAGGUAUUUCUUUUCAUCUUUUUUCCUUUCUUUUUUUUUUUUGUUUUUGUUAGCUUAAACCACCUUUUUGAGGCUUGAGACUAAUUCCACUCCCUGCCCAUCUGCUUUGGGCUUUGUUUUAGGCUCAUGUUUCAGAUCUGCAUGCAGUGCUUGCGUUACCCUGGUAACUAAAUGUUGGUUCCUUGUUCUAGGGGUUCAACAUUACUUUCCAAAAUUACAUAGGGCUUGUGAUGGCACAGGCCAUGGUUCUUUGUAUAAAAGUUAUUGGCCUUUCACAUUUACCUGCUGUAGUAUUGUUGUAUAUUGUGUGUGUGCGUGUGCGUGAUGUCAGGCUGCCAUGUAAAACUUUUUAAAAGGAAAAAAAAAGUUAAAUGCAGACCAUCCUUUUUUGCAUGCUUAGAGGGUUAGAACGUUCAAUGUAACAAACUAAAGUUGCAUGUUAAAAAUGUUUAGGUUUUGGUUUUGUUCUGUUUUUAUUUUGUGUUCAGUUUUUUGUGAAUUUGCUUAUUGUGCUGUUUUAAUGGUUGUUAGUAGGAUUAAAUGCACCGGUGAGACGAGCAUAGUGCCAACGGAAGGUAAUUUUCCAGUUGUAUGUGUCAUACAGCAUUUGAAGGGACCACAUAAUCUGUUAAAGAACAAAUAAGACCACAACUGAUCAGUAAAACACUACAUUUUUUAUUUUUCUUUUGAGUGCCAAACCCUAAACUAGGUAGGAAUAGACUUUGGGGAUACCCCUUUUUAUUGCAACAGGUGGAUGCCUUCAUUAAAUAAAUCAUUUUAAAAUGGAGGUGUUAUCUUCAGAUAGAAUUGAUAAGUUGCUUCUGGGGAAAGAAUUACAUUAAAAACAGUUUCUGGUUCCUUGAAAAUGCUGUGCUUUUUGUAUUUUACAUCAUUAGUGCAAUUUGGAUGGUUCUUGGUAUGUGUAUAGUUCAAAGGUCUUCGUGUUCACAUUUUAAAAUUAGGUAAUGACUUCAUCUUUAGAGCUUGGUUUCAUUAUUUUUAUUUUAUUUUGAACAAUGUAGACAGUUCCCUGUUCUCUGCAUUUAGAAGUAUAAACACUUUAAAUCUGUUACUUAAUUCUGUAAGUAAUUUUUAUAAUUAUGAUGUAACUCUAUCCUUAAAACAUUUAAAAUAAACCCUUUAUGUGCAA